AUGAUUUUUAAAUGUGAUCAAAUAAAAAGCAAUGGUGAAGAUUAUAAACCCGUUGAAAUAGUCAGACAAAGUGUAGAUUAUGAGGACUGUUCAAAAAGAUUUUACGAGGUUCCGAGAGACUUCUCAAAGCAAUAUGCCCAUAUUUAUUCUGCGAGGUUAAAUACAUUUAGAAACAUUUUAAUCCCUCUAAUUAAGAAAAAAUGGUCGAAUAAUUAUAAAGUUUUAAAGCUAUGUGAUUUACGCGAGAAAGGUGAUCCUUGCAUUAUAAUUGGAACACUUUUUAAGCUUCAAGAGCUGAAACCAAGUAUUUUAAAGGAACUUUCAGACCAGUUAGAGAUCUUACCACAACCAAGCAGGACUCAUUUUGUUCAUGACAAUGAUUGUAUGGUCUUGGAAGAUGAGUUGCAAAGAAUAAAACUCUCUGGUGACUGUAUAGAUGUUAACAAAGUUGUUACUGGAGUUGUAGUUGCUGUUCUUGGUUCAGAGGAUGAAGAUGGUAUAUUUUCAGUUCAAGAUGUAUGUUGGGCAGGUUGUAAUGUACAAAAGCCUUUGCCACAGUUAUCCAAUGAUAGAUACAUUGUCUUAUUGUCUGGACUAAACUUUGCUUCCAAAUCAGCUGAUCAUUUGUUCUCUUUGAAUCUCUUUUUGGAGUGGAUAUCAGGAUUCUGUGGCACAUCAGACUAUCAAGAAGAAUUUUCUAAAGUUGUCAGAGUAAUUGUUGCAGGUGGUAUAUUUGCUAAAUAUUCAAAUGAAAAUCUCCUUACGGAAACUGAUGUGAUAGCUGCAUCAGAAAAUGUGGAUUCAUUUUGUGCUGCCCUUAGUGCGGUUUCCCCUUUGGAUUUGAUGCCUGGUUGUAAAGACCCUACAGGGAUAAUGUUACCACAGAAACCAUUUCAUUAUUGUUUAUUCCCAAAAGCUGUAGAAUAUAAAACUUUUAACAGGGUCUCGAAUCCAUAUGAAUGUUCUAUUAGUGGUUUUACGUGUUUGGGAUCCUCUGGUGAACCUGUAAAGGAUAUCAUGAGAUACAGCAAAUUUGAUACUGAAAUUGAAGUAUUAAAGAGUACACUUCAGUGGAGGCAUAUAGCUCCCACAUGUCCGGAUACGGUGCCUUGUGUGCCUUGUUUGGAUACAGAUCCUUUAACUAUGUAUAACUGUCCAGCUGUCUAUUUUAGUGGAAAUGCUUAUCAGUUUUCAACUGAUCUCUAUGAAGGAGAAAGUGGCCAGCGAGUUAGACUUGUGACUAUUCCUGAUUUUUGCGAUUCAAAUAAUGCGCUCAUAGUUGGAAUAAUUAUUGCCAAAAAUAGUCCAAGGGUGCUUGGAACCAAAAAGAAAAAUGGUGAAUCUAGAGGUGUCAUGUCUUUUACGUUACGCGAUUCUGAUGUAGAUAUAAUAAAUGCAGAUGUUUGGGGUUCGGAAUAUUUUGUAAUAACAUUUUACGAGCGAUUUUUGGUCGGCGAUGUUGAACAAACUGACAACAUUUACGUGGAUUUAUUGGUUGUUGUAAAAUCCAUACAAGCGCCAAAAACUAUAAGGACUAAAAAAGGGACCGAUAUGACAGUACGCGGCGUUGAAAUUAUUGAUAACACAACACCGGCAUCACUUUACUUGGACUUAUUUGAAAUUGAAACAAUACAAAGGGCCGAACAGUGGCGUUCGUUAGAGAGCGUGUUAUUCAUAGCGGACGCCCGGGUAUCUUGGCGAAACCGCGCUGUCCGCGUGCAGAGCUGCUCCCGAACUGUCAUCACCCAUCAACCUCAUACGUCUGAGGCAGAAGCAUUGAGGCUCUAUAUACAAAAUCAGACCAGCUCCGGGGAAGCAGCAGCAUGGGCAGCGUGGAGCGGACAGCGGGCUAGUGCUGCGUCAGUAGCACAAAUACGAGAUAAACUAGCCUUCGGAGCACCCUUCUCCGCCGCGCUGCAUGCGUUACUGACACAUCUUGAUCUGGAAGAUCUUGUAUCUAUGACAAAUAUAGAUUUGGAAGAUAUUCGUGUGAGGUUUGCGGACCACACAGGAGAGCUAACUGCCCGUUUACCAUUGAAUAUUAUUGGCGAUGUUUUUGGCUAUAACGCUGAACAGUUAAAGGCGAUGUCAAGCGAUGAUCGAGCAGCAAUCCGUUGGAGAUUUCUCCUCGAACAGUGUUCAGCUAAGGUCGUAGUGACACCACCUCGCGUUAUCGUAAUAGCACUGAGACGCGCCACACCGGCCGAUCCAAUUCCUUUGUACUAA